GGGCAGUGGAACUCGGGCGCGAGCAGGAGAGCGCGCCGCUGAUUGGAUAACAGAGCUGUAUAAAUUGCCGCAGUGCCGUAUUUCUCUCUUUCGUGGUGAUUUAGUCCAAACCCCAAUGCGGUCUGAACAAACUGCCCAGGGCCGUCAUACGAGAGAGCCAUCGCGCACAGCACCGUCUUAUUUACAAUGAAGGAGAGAAGAAUCAGUCAGCCUUUGGUAAUGCGUUGUAAACUGGUUUUAGUAGGAGACGUGCAGUGCGGGAAAACUGCAAUGUUGCAAGUCUUGGCCAAAGACUGUUAUCCUGAGACUUACGUCCCAACAGUGUUUGAGAACUACACAGCUGGACUGGAUUUAGAGGAGCAGCGCGUGGAGCUCAGUUUAUGGGACACGUCAGGUUCACCAUAUUAUGAUAAUGUCAGGCCUCUCUGCUACAGUGAUGCAGAUGCGGUUCUGCUCUGCUUCGAUAUAAGUCGCCCUGACACCGUCGAAAGCUCUCUGAAAAAGUGGAAAGCCGAAAUCAUGGAUUUCUGCCCCAGUACUCGAAUAAUCCUAGUUGGCUGCAAGACAGACCUGCGAACAGAUGUUUGCACACUGAUGGAGCUGUCCAAUCAGAGACUGACACCCAUCUCCCAUGAGCAGGGCACCCUGUUGGCGAAGCAGGUAGGAGCGGAGGUGUACCUGGAGUGCUCUGCGUUCACAUCAGAGAAGAGCAUCCACAGCGUGUUCCGCUCAGCGGCGCUCACGUGCCUCAACAAACCACAGCCCCCCAUAAAGCAAAGUCCCACCCGCCGGCUCUCCAAACGCCUCCUUCACCUGCCCAGCAAGGCAGAGCUCCUGACCUCCUCCUUCAGCAAGGAGAGAACCAAGAGCUGUUCCAUCAUGUGAGCCCCACGCGCAACGCCCCAGCUCCAGAAAAAGAAACGCAUUUUUGCUCUUCGUGAGGGUUGGUAGGAGGGGUUUGAGAGAAAGGGAGGUCAUGACCUUUCAUGACCCCUCCCUCUCUCUCUCUACACUUAUGUUGUUCUUCUUCCAUUCUGACACCCCACCUGCAAACACACUCAUCCCUACGACAAAGAGCUGCUGCCAUCGUUCAAGGUUUUUGCCUGUUACACAUCCUAAUGCUAAAGUAUCGAUUGAUUUCCCUUUACAUGAACUGCAUUUUGUAUUAAUGAUCAAUCAAUCA